UAUUUGUGGUGCUGAUUCUUACUCAAAGUUACACAGCCAGCUUGACUUCAAUGUUAACAGUUCAACAGCUCAACCCAACUAUCACUGAUAUAAAUGAGCUCAUAAAGAAGGGGGAGUGUGUAGGUUACCAAUAUGGCUCUUUCGUUUAUGAAUUCUUGAUCAAGUCGAUGAAAUUUGAUGAGUCCAAUCUUGUAAAGUAUGAGUCACCAAAAGAACUGGAUGAAUUAUUUUCAAAAGGUGGAAUUACUGCUGCAUUUGAUGAAAUCCCUUACAUGAAGAUUUUCCUUGCAAAAUAUUGCUCCAAAUACACUGCAGUUGGACCAACAUACAAGUUUGAUGGGUUUGGAUUUGUCUUUCCAAAGGGUUCACCCCUUGUAGCGGAUGUUUCAAGGAAAGUUUUAAGCAUGAUCGAGGGAGCUAAAUUGUUAGAAUUUGAGAAGGCAUGGUUUGGGCAAACAACCAGUUGUCCAGAGCUCACCAGCUCAGUUUCUUCAAACAGUAUCGGCCUUAAUAGCAUUUGGGGCCUAUUCCUCAUUGCUGGAGUCGCUUCAUUUGUAGCUCUCGUCGCAUGCAUCACCACAUUCCUUUAUGAAAAUAGAACGCCUUAA